AUGACUGAAGUUCAUCCAGAGACAAAAACGCCAAUCGAUGAUCCUCCACCACCAUAUGCCGGAACCGAACUGAAUACUGUUGCUCAGCCUCCUGUCCAGGCCUAUCGUGCCUUAAUACGUCAGCCUUAUGGAUCGCAAUCACCUGAAUGCGCCUGUCCGUCUUGUGGAACGACGGCACGACUUAAUUUGAAAAGAGAACCCGGCAAUGGAAACGCUCUCGUCUGCUUGUUCUGCUGCCUAGCCGGAUGCUGGAUUUGUUCCUGUUGCGCAUUCUGUAUUUCCGAGUUGAUGGACACCUUUCAUGAAUGCAAAAGCUGCAAAAAACUCACUAAAGUCGACGAGUUCAGAUUUUGUCAGAAAACUUUUGUGAAUGAAUAA